AUGGGAAGAUUAGAUAAUUCACAAUUCUUAAAGGAACUUACAAAGUUGGUUGAAAAUAACAAUGGUAAAUCAUCAAUAUACUUAACUCAAAAGAGAUUAACUUCUGAUCCUCAAGAAAAUGAUCUUCCAGAUAAUGUGAUACCUCCAACGGAUGAAACCAAAUCAAAUAAUGAAAGUACAUAUCCAUUGCUAGUCAGAGUAUCCAUGAAUUCAUCAAAUAACAAAAAAGAAAAACAAAAUAAAGUUAAAAUAUCCACAGUUGUUGAAAAUAAUCAAUUGGAACAAUUUUGGGUAGAUUACGUACAAGUAUUAAAGAAUGGGUUUAUUGGAUUGAAGAAGAAAGACAAGAAGAAAAGUAAAAAGGGUAAAGUAAGCAAGCCAUAG